GGCCCGACAGCGGGCAUCGGGUCACCAGGCAUGACAGCGGGCACUGGGUCAUCAGGCAUGGGAUUGUCUGGCUCGACAGCGGGCAUCGGUUCACCAGGUAUGACAGCGGGCACUGGGUCACCAGGCAUCAGGUCAUUUGGCUCGCCAGUGGGCACCGCGUCACCUGGCAAGGCAGUGGGCACCGAGUCACCAGGCACGACAGUGGGCUCCGAGUCAACUGGCAUAACCGCGGGCACUGGGUCAGACAUUGGAUCGUCUGGCCUGGCAGCGGGCAUCGGGUCACCAGGCAUGACAGCGGGCACUGGGUCAUCAGGCAUUGGAUCGUCUGGCUCGACAGCGGGGCAUCGGGUCACCAGGCAUGACAGCGGGCACCGGGUCAUCAGGUACCAGAUCGUCUGGAUCGACAGCGGGCACCGGGUCAUCUGGCCGGGCAUCGGGUCACCAGGCAUGACAGCGGGCACUGGGUCAUCAGGUACCGGAUCGUCUGGAUCGACAGCGGGCAUCGAGUCAACUGGCCUAAUAGGAUCAUCAGGCUGGAUCAGUUCAUCAGGCUGAAUGGAGGCAUCAGGCUGAAUGGAGGCAUCAGGCUGGGUAGAGGCAUCAGGCUGAAUUGUGGGCGCCGAGGCACCAGGC